AGCUGCUAGCUGUGAUUUUCAGAAUGAAAUCUUAUUUUUGAACAUGUUCAAACGAAUGUAAUUCUGGAACCCAGAUCUGUCGCCGCUUUUGUGGAUCCCUUUAUUGAUUUCCCUUAUUUGAAACCUUUGGGAACAUUUUGAAAAUAUGUAGGAGCUCGCUGUGGCAAGCUGAUCACCCAUAACCUUGGGGCCAUUGUGGACUUCAGUAGAUCCGAGUUGUUUCCUGCAUUUGCCGCAGCGAAACCAUGUCGGACAAACGAAAACUCCUCGCCGAGGUGGAUCGAACCUUCAAAAAGAUCUACGAAGGCAUCGAAAUCUUUGACGAAAUCUGGGCUAAGCUGCAAGAUGCAUCCAAUCCCAGCUUGAAGGAAAAGUUCGGGGAAGAUCUGAAGAAGGAAAUAAAAAAAUUGCAGAGACUAAGAGACCAAGUUAAAACAUGGAUUUCCAGCAGCAACGAACUAAAAGACAAAGAGCCCCUCUUGAAAGCCAGACGUGAUAUCGAAACGAAAAUGGAAAAAUUUAAGGACAUUGAACGGGAAGCUAAAAUCAAGUUGUACUCCGAUAUCGGUCUGGCGCAGGAAAUCAAAGUUGACGUUAGUCUAAAGAAGAAACACGACGCUAGAGCUGGACUUUCUCAAUUUAUUGAGAAAAUGCAGCGGGAUUUGGAGCAGUUUGAAAGCGAAAUGGAAGUUCUCACAAACGGCGGCAAGAAAAAGAAAGUGGAAAAAGAGAAAUUGGAAAAGGCCGAAUUUCUGAAGCAGGUCAUGGAAUCUCAUCGCAACCAUAUUGGGAAAAUUGAAAUUAUGUUGCGUAUGGUGGACAAUGAUAGCAUAAAUCCCGAUUUCGCUGAAUCUGUUACGGAUGACUUCGAUUUUUACCUCAGUAAAGUGCAGGAAGGGCAUUUGGAAGAUGUCACCUAUAUUUAUGCAGGAAUAGAUCUGGAGGAGGCAACAGGUACUGAAUCCCGUGUGCUCAGCAGUCCUGAACCAAGUGUAGCGCCAAAAGAAGCCGAAGAAAUGAAAGUGAAAGUUCCCCCAGAAAUUACAGCGACGGAACCCGUUACGGUGAAGCCGGCAUCUUCCCCUGCUUUAACAGCUGUAAAUUCAGCAGCCCCACAAACGAAGCCAGUUGAAACAAAACCAGCUGCUCCGGCAGCUGUUCCUCCGAAACCGAUGGUUGCAACACCAAAUCCUACUGCACCGCCUGCACUGCUGAAGCCGUACGCGGCGGUUGUAGCAAGAGCCGUACCGCAGACCAUGGUCAAGCAGCCUUUGCCCGUGGUCAAGCAGCCUUUGCAUAAUCCUCCUGUUUCUUUGGGAAAACCUGUAAAUAAGAAAGUCUCGGCGGUUAAGGGCAACAUGCCGGCUUUCAAGCCGAAACCUCCUUCGAAAGUUGCUGCCGCUCUGAUGAGAGGAAGUGCAUGGAAAAGGCCGCACGGAGAUUCUCACGCAAAACCUCAGAAAAAGCAGUCUGUGGCGCUGGCCAGUCAGUCCCCUUCACCCAUACCGACCGGUAUUUCUGGAUCCAGUUACACCCCAUCAGUGACGAGUAGCAGUCCAUCCUGCACACCCGAACCGCUUCUCGCCAAGGAACCCCUGCCGGAAGCCACGCAACUGACAAUACAGAACGGCGUGCGAGAGCAGCAUUACUCGGUGCAGCCUGUUCCUCCGCCCAGUACGCCACCGUUGCUCGGAUUGCCACGAGCGGAAGAUGUGCGGAACCCGUGGUCAUCGUUUGUGGUGCCUGUGGAUAAUAAUAACGCAUCCAUAACUGAUGAGACCUUGCAGGCGGAUUGCAGUCGGAGUCAGUCCAGACAUUCUUCUCUCGAUCUCGAUUUAGACCGGACAGAUUUUACCCCACUGGGAUCGCUGCAUUCGAGUAUUCAUACGGCGGCAGCGCUGCCAAAUACGACGCCCAGAAGGCUUGUGGAGUCGUAUAUAACCCGCGUGGAACUGGAGUCGCAGUUGGCGCCGAUAAUUGGGCGAAGGGUACUGGGUCUGGAUGAAGCUAGUAGGGACAUUUUGCUGCAGCAUAGUGGACUUGAAGCGGCCCUUGGUAAUCCACCGAAGCCCUCUGAUUCUGAAAGACGAAGAUCCGUAGUUCCUUGUGUACCCUGCCCAAUUCCUACUGGAUGGCCGGCAAGUCCUCCUUUGGCGCUUAUCUGUGAUAGGAAAUUUUAUGCUAACCUCGCAACGGACGUCCUGUUUUACAUUUUCUAUUUUGGAGAGGGCAGCCUGGCACAGUUGUUUGCGGCUACUGCGCUGAAAGAAAAAUAUUGGCGAUUUCAUAAGAAGCUGAACUCCUGGUUUAGAAGACUGGAGGAGCCAGUUGAAAUUUGCGACCAGCAUGAGAGAGGGAACUACGUGCUCUGGGAUUUGGACACAUGGUCGGAGCAGGAAAAAGAAGAUUUUACUUUCGAAUAUUGCUACCUCGAAAAUGUUAACCUGGACCGUUACGACCAUUCCGCUGACUACUUUUCGUGGUCUGCCGUUCCGUAUUUUUCUGUUGUGAAGGACAGUUUGCUGAAGUAAAAAAUUGCAGUAUGAGAUGCAUGACAGGUGUAUAAAUCAGUGACUGAAAGAUUAGGUUUUAUAGAAAUGUCCUUCACGGUUAGCAAAAUAGAUUUUUACGUUUGUGAUAAUAAAAUUAUUUUGUCUUUAACCGGUAGUCCGCCAGUAAUCCGCUUUCGUCUGGGACGAGAUACCACGGCCGUAAUUUCUUUA